AUGGACCAAGGGAUCUUGGUGGUAGAUUGCUCGUCCAUAAAGGAAGAUGUGUCUACCCUCGAGAUACCAUACAACAAAGUCCCUCAUCUGCAAAUUCCAUAUGACUUCUCUCAGUUAACUCUGUCGACAAAUCCUGUUACUCCAAUCAUAAUAACAGUUCCCACACCAUUCCCAUAUGUUGACACCAAGGCAGUCCCAUGGAUGUAUGACACCUCAGUUUACAUUCAUGGUCAAAAGAUUCAAGAAGAACCGUUGAAGUCUAGUGAUCCAAUGAUCAAUAUCACUAACACUGGCGGAAUUACGAGAAGUGGGAGAAUAUUUGCGCCGACACCCACUCCAAUUAGAAUUACCAAUCCUUCAACUUUAGACAAAGGCAAACAAAUUGAUGGCGCUCAGCAAAGACAAGACCCUGCACCUUCCAAUGAAGUAGACGAGUUCUUACGCAUUAUCAAGAAGAGGGAUUAUCGGGUAGUUGAUCAGCUUAACCAGACACCCUCGAAGAUCUCAACGUUGUCUUUAUUAAUGUGCUCGGAGGCCCAUAGGGAUGCUUUGGUAAAAAAUUUGAGGAUAACUCACGUACCGCAAGAGAUCUCUGUUUGUCAGUUUGAAGGAGUAGUUAACAAUAUCGCUACUAGCUUAAGCUUGGGUUUCAGUGAUGAAGAGCUUCCCUCCGAGGGGAGGAGUCAUAACAAGGCUCUUCAUAUUUCUAUUGAAUGUAGGGACACAGUCCUAUCAAGAGUUUUGGUGGACACUAGGCCUUCCCUCAAUGUGAUACCUAAGAGUUCCUUUGCUAAACUAACUGUUGAAGGACUCGUAAUGAAGUCGAGUGAGCUUAUAGUAAGAGCAUUUGAUGGGACUAGAAGGAUUGUGAUCGGUGAGGUGAUUUUUCCUAUGAAUAUUGGUCCCCAUACUUUCCUUAUCACUUUCUUCGUAAUGGAUAUCUACCCAACCUACAGUUGUAUGCUUGGGAGGCCUUGGAUCCAUUCAGCUAGUGCAGUCACUUCAAUGCUCCACCAAAAAUUGAAAUUCUUAGUUGAUGAUAAACUAGUUAUUGUCGAGGGUGAGGAGGACAUUAUGGUAAGUCACCUCGCAUCUUUCCGAUACGUUAAAGGAGAAUGGGAGAUGAGGGAAAUCCCAUUCCAAUCAUUUGAAGUUAUCAAUGUUGAAAUGGUUUGCCCAGCAAGGGAUGAAUCAAAAUAUGCCAAAUCUCCAAUGGAAUCUCUUAAAGACGCCCUGACAAUCAUAAAUGAUGGACACCCCCAAGGAUGGGGAAGAUUGCUUGAACUUCAUACCAACAAGAACUGUACCGGUUUAGGAUACAACUCCUAG